AUGACGGUCUUCUGCGGGCUGCCGUUUGACUACCGGGGUGUUCCAGCCGCCGCCGCCAUCAUGGAUGGGCCAGCCGUGUGGCUCCAGGCUUAUUGCGCUAGCGACAGUAGGACUCACAGCACCUGCGUGACUGUGAACCAGGUGGUUUGGCGCGAGGCCGACACCGCGGGGGACGGGUGUGUGUCUGUGUCAACAGUCGCCAGGGUCAUCGAAGGUGGCUUCAAGUCCCACCAAGUCCUCGAACCUCACACCGUCCGUCUCACCGAGAAUGUUGAGACUCAUUCAGGCGGCGGGGAGAGGGGCAUGGCCCAAGACGACCAGCAAGGGUUUGGACAGACGGGGGGCGAAGCUCUGGAGAAGCGGGAUGAGAGGGAGGAGAAGAGAGCACGGCGUGCAACAGAUGUCGUCGCUGCCGCGGCCGCUGCUACUGCUGCGGCGGCGGCGGCCUGA